UGGCAGCAGACAGUCGAGUCGAGGACGCAUGAAAACAUUCACAAAUUUCUCAGCAACUUUUCAACUAUUUGUUUGAGGUACAAGGUAGGUUAAACUUGUAGUCAAGUAUGUUAAGUCAUUGUCAUUAGCUGUGGCAGAGGGUCGACAGGUGACAUUAACAAGAUACAGUCACAGUUUGACACUCGCAAAAAACAAAAAAGGCGUGUGUCAAGUGUCAACGUUAAUUAGUUAACGCUAGCUAAAGUGAUGCUAGCAGGCUAACUAAGCUGCUACUCUAAGCUGUAUUCUCAUGAUGUGAACAACAUCAGCGUUUGCUGGAACCCGUUAACCGUUUUCUCGGUUGCCAAUUUAAACGUUAACUAAGUGGUUUACGACCAUGUCCGGGGAGCGGGCGUCUUUGCCAAACGGGGGGAACGGCCUCCUCCGCGGGAGCCGGACGAGGUCUUACGGAAGUUUGGUCCGGUCGCAGCUCUCUCCGGUCCGCCAGAGACGCAUUGAGCACAAAAUUCAACCAGGAGAAACACUACAAGGCCUGGCCCUGAGAUAUGGAGUCUCUAUGGAGCAAAUCAAAAGAGCAAACAGGAUGUACACCAACGACUCGAUCUUCCUGAAGAAGUCCUUGUCAAUCCCUGUGCUGUCAGAUUUGGACCACAGCAGUAAUGGGGUGGAUUUGGUUCUAGGGGACAGUGAAGAAGACAAUGCUAGCUGUGUUUCUGCUCAAAGUGGACCCACAGGGAGCUCCUCUGAGAAGAAGCAAGAUGAUGGCAGAGAAAGAGCGUCAGACCUUACUCCAAUGGAUUUUUUGAAAAGACUGGAUGGUUUGAUAAGUAUGUCCAAGCAGGCUGCUGUCAAAGGAUGCCAAGAAUCAGAGGAAAGGGUUGCCGCCCUAGAAGCAGCUUGCACCAGCAGGACAUCAGACUGGCGGCCCCUCACAAGAUCGCAGAGUGUUAUUGCAUCUUCCAGAAAGCAGCAGCAGCAGCAGGGACCACAUGGAGCAGUACCCCUAACUAUCACCAAACUGACCAAAAAACUAAGAGACAGGGAAGAUGAGAUCUUUCAGCUGUGACAUGUUUCUGCUGUUUCACUCCGAUCAUUAAAGAAACUUUCCCAGAGAGCCAAGGCACAGGGUUUGGCCUCCAGGAUAAUAAUAAAAGAUAAAUAAAUAUAUCUAGGGCUGGGUACCAAACUUUAAUGCUUUUAUGGCACUGACCGCUUCGAUGCUAUCAGGUAUCAUAAAAUGCUUUGUCAUUUGGUGCCUUGAUGCCGAAGGAGUAAAGCUCAUCAGCGUCAGUGAUCAGCCAAUCACUAGUAAUGCUAGUGAUUGGCAGUUUGCCAUUACUCGUUGUAGAGACGUGCAGGAAAAACACAACGUUAGGCCCAGAGGCUGGGCUCACAGUUUUUUUUUUUUUUUUUUUAACCACUUCUUGCUAAUCUGCACAGGUGAGUAAGUAAACUUUGUGCUUCUUGUUAGCUAGCCAGUGCCGUUUGCACAUCCUGUCCUUGCCUCUGCAGGGACCUGGAGCCGAGGCAGAGAGCGUUUUGUGGCGUCGACCGUGGUGUUGCUUAAGGUAAAAGAAGACAAAUAGUCGUAAAGUUGACACAGUGGAUGAUUGUCAGCCCCAGGCUAGCUGCUAUCUGCCACUAGAUCCCAAUACUGCACAUGCCACAUUGGAUUCUGCAGACUGGACCUGGCAGUGGAAUAUUGCCGCACUCGACUGUGUAUUAUUAAUGUACCUUUUAACAGUUUUUUACAUUUUUGAUCUAGUCAGAUACUGUACAGAUAUUCCAUCAGUGUAAAGGGUAAAAAACCCUUCACUCGACCUGGACUGAAAAUUUGUUUGUCCAGCUGCUCCCAAGUCUUUGAACAGCUUCCUCAUUCGAAGUGAGUAAUUGUACCCUAAUCUGUAUUAUGUAUACAUAUUACAUAUGUAUAUGUAAUAUGUAUGUUGUUAAGGAAUCAGAAUCGAAGGCAAGGUAUCCCGUUACUGAAAAUAUUUGAAUCAUACCCAGCCCUGUGUACAUUUCCAGUCAUCCCCCUGUUGCUGUGUGGGCUUGGAGCUCAAAGGUUUUACAUCCUCAUGUAAGAUACAUGGGAAGUAACACCAUUUUUUAAAGGGUUAUUGCACUUAUGGAGUCUUUUUAUUUAUUUGUUGAGACAUACUGUAGAUUAUGAAAAGCUCAAUGUUUUCCCAUAGCUGUGACUUGUUUCCACAUGCAGGAAAUAAGUCUCAAAUGUUAAGAAUGAGAAUUUCGCAGUCACAUGUUGGUUCAGUCAUAUGACUCUUUGUAUGGUGAACUCAACAAGUGGUUUAUGUGUAAUGCUACCUCACAUACUGCUAAUACAAUGUUUUCUGACUGAGUGCUUCAGCCAUAGUUUAUAAAGUAUAUAAAUCAUGUUCACUGUAAUAUUGAGAGUAGUACACUGCAGACAAAUUUAAACUGUAAUUUAGCCAAAGUUUAAAAAGAGAGACAUGCCUUGGGAUGUAUUUUGACAGCAAUCUUUUUAUUUUUUAUUUGUAUGUUUUUUAUUGUUUGUUUUAACAUUUUAGAAUGAAAAAAAUGUUUAAAUUCAUCAGAUUCUGAUCUAUAUGUUUAAGUGAACUUUUGUGUGUGUGUGUGUGUGUGUGUACACAUGUAUGUUUAUCCACACUUGUUUAACAAGGUUGACCUUAAAAAAGCACAACCUCCACAAACUGCAGACUCUCAUUUGCACUCGAUCUUUAUCCACAGCUUUCUGUAAUUUAAUAGUUUUUCUCCACAUCAUUGCUUACACAAAGAAGAAAAGAUUUUUAGCAGUUAAAUGCUAAAUUACAAUAUAUGGUGGUUUGUCCACUCAGGGUUUGAUUUUUUCUUCCCUUGUCUGUUGAUAUUCAAUGUCUUUGUAAUACCAAAGAAUAACACCUGUGAUCCAGUCUUCACAAAAACAUGAAUUAUGGGAUUAACAUUUAAGAUCGUGCAGUCAACACCAUUUAAGUGUUAGAGUUAGUCUUUUUGUUGAUGCUCCUAAACAUGUUUUGGAGCUGAGACUACAAAGUGUCGGUGUAAUUGUCCACUGUGGGGUUAUUUGCUUUAUUACUGGCUGCAUUGUCUUAGACACCUCAGUAAAUACAGUACAUUGAGUUGCUGAAGCAUCAUCUUGACCACCAGGUGGCAGUACUACAUUACAGUGGCAUUGUUCCCUGUCUAUUCUCUUUAUGCAAUGUGUCCAGCUGUUUUAACUAGUCCUCUGCAGAAUACAUGACAUCAGUAGUCCAACAAUUUAAGGUCUUAAUUUUAAAACAUCAGAUGAAAUUUCAUGAUCUAGUAAAAUGAUACAAUAAUAAUGAUAUAAUAUAAACCAGUGUGUAUUCAAGUUUGGUUUCUGAGAGCUUUGUCUGAAUAGACAAGUAUAUAUAUCACAAUAAUAUGGUAUAUAUCACCUCUAAACAUGAAAGACUUAAAGAAUGACUCAACCAACUUUACUUUUAUCCCACAUAUUGUUUGAGAACGAUGGGGCGGCAGUUUUGUUCUCAAAUCGCUUGUCGUACGUUGCCAGUCCUGAGCAGCAGUAAGACCAGUUUUGUCCAACAGUUCUGAGUCUCAAGUGAGUCUGCCUGUAGAUCUCCCAGUUUCUGACUGACAUUUAUUGGUUCUAUGUCAUAUUGUCCCAUCCUCCACCAGUUUGUUGAGUCCUUUGCAGAUCCUGGUGAGGUGGGGUCGGAAGGGGCUGCUGGGCUCGUACAGUUUGGUCAGGAGCUCUGGGUUGGAGUAAUGGUUGAAGACGUGGUUGAUGCGACCGUGGGAUUUGGGGGUCAGGUGGUUGUUGACCAGCUUCAGCAACAGAUCCCUGCAGCUGGUCAGGAGGUCCUCCAUCACUGCCUUGUCAAA